GGAAAUUCAACAACCAUGGGAAUUGAAUGGAGAAUUCACAUGGCCAGAGGAAGAAUUAUUAGAAAACCCUAUCCCUAUAAUGGAUAUAAUUCAGGAAAUAAACCCACUGAUAAUAGAAUAAUUGAACUCCAAAACCAUAUUGCUAAAUUAGAGAAUGAAAUUGCUAUAAAAGAUCAAUUAAAUGAAGGAUUGAGAAAACAAUUGGAUGAAACUCAAUAUCAACUUAAUGAAACAGCGAGAAUGUGCAAUGAAAAUGCGAAUGCUCAGGAAUGGAUGAAAUAUUUUAAGAAUAAAUAUGAUAGGAGAAAUAAAUGGGUAAAUGAGUUAAAGAAGAAAGGUAAUAUCUUGUUAACAAAAUAUGUUAUCAAAAAUAAUGAUUUGAAAGACAGGAUAAAAGAAUUAGAACAAGAAAUAAAUUUUGGUAACAAAUUGUUUAAUCAAAUGGUAAAUCUCAAUAUGACAAUUAGUUCAGAUAUAAACACAGAUCCUUCUAUAGAAAAUAUGGAACUCUUAAAAUAUUAAUUAAAUUUUUUUAUAAAUAAA